AUGUCAAGAUGUGAAGAAGGAAAAGCGAAAAGCAUGACGGGCGACGCCUCAAAAGAAGAAGGCGUUAAUCGUAUUGUCCCGCGGCUUUCUUCUCCAGAAGGCCGAGGGGAAGAUCUUGUUCAUGUGGAGACCCGACCUCUAUUCCCGACAAAGAAGAACAGCUUCACGAUAGGCUUCAUAAGAUCUCCGGGAAAUGGACUUGUUCCCCAGGGGCCGCGGCUACAAGACGGAUGGGACCAGGUCCAGAGUUGUCAGCACCUCCGAAGACAUUAUUGUGGGAUAUAUUGUUCUUGA